AUGUCUCUCGCCGACUACCUAGCGAAAAAUUACCUCACGGCGGACUCGGAAAAGAAGUCCAAAAAGCGGAAGAGAAAGGAGAAGAACGGUGGCCUUAUAAUUGACGAUGAUGAUAAUCUUGGGUGGAAGGAUAAAGCAGAUGAAGAUGAUGAAGAUGCGCCCUUGAUCAUGGGAGGAGCAAGCCUCAAAAAGUCUAAGAAGAAAUCCAAAGGAACCAGCGCCGCAACAUGGGCGACAGUGGGUGUCGCUGCACCUUCACACGCACAACAGCUUGCCGCCGACGAAGCCGCCGCAAACGCAAUCAUAGCCUCGACAGCCGCCGACCGGCAACAAGCAGCAGACGCCGAAGACGAAGCACCCGAAAUGGUGGAUACUGAAGGAGUGCUGAGGUUGGAGUCUGGUGCACGAGCAGGUCUACAAACCGCGGCGCAAGUUGCUGCAGAUAUGAAGCAACGGCAAGACGCAGAACAGCGGAAGGCUGAGCAAGCUACAAAAGAACUAGGUGCAGCGGCGCAAGAAACCAUCUACCGAGACGCAAGCGGUCGCAUUAUCAACGUUGCAAUGAAGCGUGCAGAAGCGCGAAAGAAAGCCGAAGAUGAGGAGCGCAAGAAGUUGGAGAAGGAGAGAGAAGCUCGUGGAGAUGUACAAAACGCUGCUGCAGCAAAACGGAAACAGGCACUGCAAGAUGCGAAGACGAUGACAGUCGCACGGUACGCCGACGAUGCGGAGCUGAACGACGAGCUGAAAGAGCGAGGACAUUGGAACGACCCUGCAGCUGGCUUUCUGCGCAAGAAAAAGGCUGGACGCAGCAUCACAGGCAAGCCGCUUUACACCGGAGCGUUCCAACCAAAUCGAUACGGCAUUCGCCCCGGUCACCGAUGGGACGGCGUGGAUAGAGGGAAUGGGUUCGAGAGCGAAUGGUUUAAGUCGAGGAAUCGCAAAGCGAAUAUCGAAAAGCUGGAAUACCAGUGGCAGCAGGACGAAUAG